CUUGGCGGAUCCAACGAGACAUCCAAAACAAAGAUCUACAAUUUUGUUUAAUUACAUUAUAUUUUUCUUUUUCUUUUUAAUUUCCUUUUUAAAAAAAUAAAUAAAAGAUUGUUUCCUGAUUCCUCCAUCGUGUCACCUAAUCCCAUUUCUCUUCUUCUUCUUCACUGAGCUCUACAGCGAACAGAGCAAAUUCUUUAAUCCUUCUCUCUCUCUCUCUCUCUCUCUCUCUCUCUCUCUCUCUCUCUCGCGUUUUGGUUUUUCAGGUCAAGAAGCUUUCUCCAAGAUAAAACAGAACAAAAACAAUGGCAGCAGCAACAGCAACAUCAGCUUCUUUGUUUUCUAUUGGAUCUUCUUACUCCUCUAAAGCCAGCUCCUUUACACCACAGUCUAGGGCACAAGCUGUGAACUUUAACUCAGUCCCUAGUUUCACCGGUCUUAGAUCAACCUCACUCAUCUCUGGAUCUGAUUCUUCUUCUUCCUUGACCAAGACUCUUCGCGGUUCUGUAACCAAAGCUCAAACCUCUGACAAGAAGCCUUACGGAUUCAAGAUCAAUGCUUCUUACAAAGUAGCUGUUCUUGGUGCUGCUGGUGGUAUUGGUCAGCCUUUGUCACUACUCAUCAAGAUGUCUCCGUUGGUAUCUACCCUUCAUCUUUACGAUAUCGCUAAUGUUAAAGGUGUUGCUGCUGAUUUGAGUCACUGUAAUACUCCUUCUCAAGUUCGUGAUUUCACUGGUCCUUCUGAGUUAGCUGAUUGUUUGAAAGAUGUCAACGUUGUGGUUAUCCCUGCUGGUGUACCUAGGAAACCUGGUAUGACCCGUGAUGAUCUUUUCAACAUCAAUGCUGGUAUUGUGAAAUCUCUGGUUGAGGCUGUUGCUGAUAACUGUCCUAAUGCUUUCAUCCAUAUUAUUAGUAACCCUGUUAACUCUACUGUACCCAUUGCUGCUGAAGUCUUGAAAAAGAAAGGUGUUUAUGAUCCUAAGAAACUCUUUGGUGUCACUACCUUGGAUGUUGUGAGGGCUAACACUUUUGUUUCUCAGAAAAAGAACCUUAAGCUUAUAGAUGUGGAUGUUCCUGUUAUCGGUGGACAUGCUGGAAUCACCAUUUUGCCUCUUCUUUCAAAAACCAAGCCCUCUGCCAACUUUACCGAUGAAGAAAUCCAGCAGCUGACUGUUAGGAUUCAGAACGCUGGAACUGAGGUCGUGGAUGCUAAGGCAGGUGCAGGUUCGGCUACUUUGUCAAUGGCAUAUGCUGCUGCAAGAUUUGUUGAGUCGUCUCUCCGUGCUCUUGAUGGAGACGGGGAUGUCUACGAGUGUUCGUAUGUGGAGUCGACUCUUACUGAUCUUCCUUUCUUUGCAUCACGUAUCAAGCUUGGGAAGAAUGGACUUGAAGCUGUGAUUGAGUCAGACCUUCAGGGAUUGACUGAGUACGAGCAGAAAGCACUAGAAGCUCUUAAACCAGAACUGAAAGCUAGCAUUGAGAAGGGUGUCGCAUUUGCAAACAAACCAGCUGCCGCUGCAGCUAACUAGAUCUGUUGUGAUUUCAUUGGAAACAAAAAAGAAAACAUUCUUCAAAGAAGUUGAUAAAACAUUGGUCUUCUGAUCAUUUCGAGUUUUGUUUUGUUUUUCAUAUUUCUUGCAUCGGCGAGACAUUUUCUUGUUGUAGAAUAAAGAAUGUAUUAGCUUCAUUUUGAGGACUUUGAUACAUGGCACUGAAGCAGAUUUUUAUGAA